AUGCCAAGAGAACGUCCUAUCGUUAGACGCUCGCUUAGAAUACAACGACGUGACGAUAAGAGAAAGUGUGAAGAACUGGAACGAAAGGCUCUUGAAGAAAUAAAAGCUCAAACUCAUGUGCCGAAAAGACUCACAAAACAACCUAUAAGGCGUGCCAGAUCAAGUAGUACCUUAUCGCAUUCGUCGUCGAAAAAGAAAAAAGUUUAUCAUGAUCUCGCACAGAUGAGUCCUACAAGUCGGCUGUUGAGUAUCCCGUUGGAUAUGCUGUUAUAUCUUUUGGAAUUCCUUGGACCCUCAUUAGCUGCAAUGGAGCAAGUGUCAAAAUCAUUUUAUCAUAUGAUACGUGGACAACAUAGCCCGUAUAGAUUCUUGUAUGAUAAGCUGUUGGCUACGUAUUGUCCGAUUGAUGAGUGUGCUAUGGAUAUUGGCGAACAAGUUGAAAGGGCCAUACAUGCCCCCGUUUUACCAAAGAUCAGGCAAUCUGUGGUCAAGCAGGAAUCGAGAGAAUUCAAAGUAUCUGAUUGGAAGGUUCAGUUUGUCGAAUCUUACAAGUAUUACGUGACGGAAGUAUGCACUGUCUGUGGUGAAUCGGGUGAUCCCAUUCCUAUAUGGGAGGUUCGCUUGUGUAGAUUCUGCGUUGUCAGACAAUUGAUUAACAAGAGCGCUCUAUACGCAUUCACCUUGUCCCCCAAGGAGAUUGAAGUACUCAAGCCAUGGAAAACUUAUGUGUAUGAUCUUGGCAUGAGUUGUACGUUUUACCUUCGAAAUCAUCUUGAUCAUUUAAGACGACAAAAAUAUUCUGACCCACAAUGCGACUUGGACCUUGAUGUGAAGCAGCGUCAAUCCGAGAAAUUUGCAAAGGAGAACGUUAAACGCAAGAGAAAACAGAGGGAGCAAGAUGAGUCUUAUUCUGAAAGGAUGCGGUCGGUUCUCCAAUGCUUUAGUGAUUGGAAGUUAAAAGCGGAACUAUCGAUCAUGGAAGAGUGGUGGUUCCCCAAGGAACUUAAAUUAGAAAUUCACGAGUAUAUUUCUAACAAGACAAAUAAUAGCUUGGCGCGAAAACGACUUCGCCUGUCCAUUGAGCAAGAAUCCAAUAAUGGUGAUGAUAGCUCUACACCUUCGACGCCGUCCAACUCUCAAUCGAAAAGUAAAUCCCUUCGAAAGAAUUUGGAAGAUAUCAUGUUUGAAUUACAAACCGUUGUGGUGCCAAGGGUGAAUAGAUUGGUGGAAUUAAAUACUCUUUUAUCAGCCGACAUUGCCAUCGAAAAAUUACGUAUGGAUUUAGAUUUAAAGACCAGGCGAAUAUACGACGAUUUUGUGCUCGGAGGGGGGAUGAUAUCGAGUCCAUCUUCAACUCCAUCGGAAUGUCAGUUGACAGUGGAUCGAACACACAAAGAAAUUUUGUCAUAUUUCGAGAGGGAGGAAAUUUUUAAAAAAUCGCUAACUCAAGCAUGGUUGAAUAUUAAUCACAACGAAUUCAUGCUAUCUGAACUAGAUCAUCAAAGAUUUUUACGGGAUGCGAAGGAAUGGUGGGCGAGACGAGGAAAGAAACCUCCGCCUGAAAAAUGUGGGGAGUUAUACCUGGCUCGUGUUCAUAAGAGGCAGAUUUGGUUAAAGAAUGACAUGUCCUUAACAAGAACCCAAGAACAUUGGAGGCGUCAGUUAUUAGAAAGGAAAUUAAAAGAAAAGAUUGAUUGGUAUUUCACAGAUUUACCAAGACAUAUAAAAAGCCUGAGUGAGAUUUACGAGUCUAAUCUGGAACAGAGAAUGAAGAAUAGUGAAACCUUUUGGAUGAAGGGGUUAUCAUCACAUCAUAAUAUGAGAGAACCAUCAGAAAAGUUGAAGCAGAUGUACUGUGAUUAUGAAGAUUUCAUAAAGAAUUGCAACGGAUUUUGCUCAACCGAUGACGGUUAUUGCGGUUGCUUGGAAUAUGCCGCCAAGGAUAUAAUUCGCGCAAACACGAUACUGAGACGCAAGGAGUGGAUGGAUGCUGAAUUGAGAUGUUAUAAGGAGAUUGAUUUUCACGACCCUGAUCUCUUGUUGUGUCCCGAAGCUAAGGAUGAGUAUCAUUAUGCCGCAAGAAACAUUUCGGUUCCAAAAAGGGCCGCGGUAUUGUAUAUUGCACGUGCCGAAUCAUUCAUGCAAAAGUUGCGUAAUGAAGUCAAGACAUUUGCACCAGAAUUAAUAACCUCCGAAGCGCGAGAAUGGUACAGGCGUUGCCUCGGAACCAUUUCGGAUUUCUUCGAUCCACCGAGACGUCCGUGUUCUUGGACCGCUCUCGCCACCAAUUGUUUUUAUUAUGAAGUCAACUGCAACCCUGCCAAUAGGCCCAGCAUCGAAUAUACGAUUGAGAAAAUUAAAGAGUGCGAGCGAAUCAGGUUAAAACGACUGGGAGAAGCUGAUCGUGCCGCGAGAGAAGCAAAACUGAGCCUAACGUUUUGGAAUAAGGCAAUGGUUAAACGACCGGUGGAUGGUGUGUCGUUCCAAACUCGGGUUAGAUGGAUAGCCACAAAUGGAUGGUUUUCAUUGAAUCAAUUAGCUCAGGCUUGGGUUUACGACGAAGACCGUGCUCCGUUGAGUCAUCUUGAACCUUACAUCAAGGAAAGGGUUAAGCAGAUGGAAAAAGAUAAACGAAAGGAAGAUAUUUCUUUAAGAAUCAAGGAUGAUCCGGAAUACCAAGCGAUAUUUAGGGAAAUUGAUGAGGAUGCCGAUUUCUUUUUACGUUCGACCUAUGAAAUCACAACCAUUUAUAAGGUUUCGAAUUUAUAUAAGGCUCACGUUGAGGAUGUUAAGUCCGGUAUUGAUCCCGCAAAGGUCGUUCGGCAAGUCAUUGGUCUCAUCAGGGAUGUUAAGACCGGCGUGAUAAGCAAAAGUAGCUUGUUCGUUGCAGAUCUAGCCACAAAUACCACCACCACAACCAUGGCUGCAACAUCUGCUAAUGUAACGACGGUUGGACAAGUCGUUACAAGCGGUAGUGGUUCGGCAUCGUCAUAA